ACCACGAAACCGUCACCUUCCGGCCAAAGUAUUACAAGCGCCAUGCGACGUUUAUUAAUUUCCACCGCCUGUUUAUUUCUUUCACUAAGAAAUCGUUCAACGAAGUUGCCCGACAAUUUCACCAAAUUUUCUUCGUGCUGCCGAUAAAAUUCAGUGAAAUUUUCGAACAGACUCAACCAACAAUUUCUCUGUAAAAAAAAUAAAAUGGCGGCAGAAAUUUUGAAACGUCGCAUGGCGCUUGGGAUACUUUGGCCGGAAUGUGACAAAAUAUUGAGCUUCAAUCCUCUGUCGAAGUCCAUUUCCAGCAUUCUAACUAGUCGUUUGCCAUUGCUUUCAUAAUCAAGAAAUUGACAAGCGCUUUUACGAAUACACACAGUUCGAGUUUGUGUAGUUUCAUGUGUAGGAAGUGCAUUCCCAUUAUAUUCGAACCGCAGUAGAAUUUGUUUCGUAUUGAUCUUUCACGGAGUGUAUGGUUGAAAUUCAGAAAUGACACCAUCGUUCCCAAAGACUGGCACUGCCGUUUUAGCGGAGAUUCUAGUUUUCUUCGACCGAAAGUCAUUAUCGUGGGAGCGCAUCGAAUCGGAGGAAAACUUGAAGUCAGGCGAUGAAACCAAGCCCGGCGUUAGUUCUCACUUGAGACAACCCCGAAAUGAAGAAAAGAAAUACGCAUUGGUCCCGUCUCAACUAGUUGAACAUCAUCCGAUCUUCGAGUGUCUGCGUUCCAACGAUGUUGAGAUAAUGAGCGAUCAAACUAAAUUCCAGGCAAACGCAAAGUACGGCCUGUGUAUGAUUUUGACACCUGUGAAACCGUAUCACCGGGAAGAGGGAAAAGUCGCGCUUUACGUAAAUCAGUUCGGUUCAGAAGAAGACUUCAGAAAACUCUUGCCACUGAGCGAACAGUGGUCCAGCGAGGAGAUUAUUGGAAUUCGCGAAUUGCAAACCUACUGCUCCCGUAGAAACAUUUUGAGUGCCAUGGAUGAAAAGGGUUUAGCCGUCGUUGAAGAAUUCCUCAUUCUUGGCAUUUCCGUUGUAUACAAGCCGUAUAAUUCCUACUCCACUCCCAGCGGCGAUUCGUUUCUAAGUUUUGCUAUUACCCUCCAUCAUAACUUGCUGAGCGAGCGGCUAAUAAAAAAAGGAGUUUCCGCCGCAGAAAUUGAAGAGGCUUUUUCUGCUGUGCUGGACACUGUCAAUGUAGAUAUGGCCGAACUGCUCUUAAAGCAUGGAGUGGGCAUGGAAAAAACAAGAGCGUUGCAUUAUACCGUUGAUGAAAAUAAUUGGCCUAUGACUGAAUUUUUAUUAAAUCAUGGAGCGCAAGUGAAUGCUAAACUACCAACAGAUAAAAAGGAGACUGCGCUUCAUUUCAGCACGCGCCGCCAAUAUUUGGAAAUUAUGUCAGUGCUCCUCGGAAGUGGUGCUGAUGUCAACGCCACUGACAACGAUCUGAAAACUCCUUUGCACUACGCGAUGGAAAAAUUGAAUUGUCAAGAGUCUAUCGACAUUCUACUGAGAUUCGGAGCCCACUGUAUUUUUGAGGACUUUUUGAGACUGGCAUCCAAUAUGAGCUACGACUCGUUCCCUUUCGAGCUUGACUUUUAUGAAACCUUUCAGGUCCCUCUUAAUAUUUCUUUCUCUGAUGUUAAUGUCACCCGGACAUCCGAGGUUCAAGAAUACAUCGAUAAACUUCUUCAUCCCACCGUAGACUUGUUCGAUGUAUUCCGUAAUAAUAGUGAGGAAAAACUUCCCGCUUACAUGACUUUCCUUAAAAUGUUCGCUUGUCAAAUCAUUAAAAUCGAAGUAGCAUAUGGCUCGGUGGGCCCAAAGAUACCAAGAAGAGCCUAUGAAUAUUUUCAGCUGGAUGUCUUUAAGAAUGACUGCAUACAGGAAAUCCAGAACUUGAAAAGUGACUUUGUCGUUGAAGAAGUAAGUCUUUUUGAGAUUAUGACACAAAGUACCUCAGGCAUCCUUAAGAAUAACAUCGUCUACAAAAAUUUGAAAACAUUUACCGCAGAGACAUAUUCAAUCUAUGGUGAUAUUUUGAAAAGUAAAAUCACCGAGGGAUUUAGGAGGAAACGGGUCUCCAAAGUAGCUUCAAAAAUACUUGAAUUUCUAUUUCCGCAGUUUACCGAUCUACCAUGGUUCCUCCAAGAUAAAAUAGUCAAAUAUAUAAAUAAUCAGGAUAUUCUUAUUCUAACAAAUGCAUUUAGCUGGGAACAGUUAGACGCGCUCACAGAGUUCUUCAAUUGUUGGAUGGUUUCUUAAUAUUUCAUUUCCCUUGUUUCUUUCUUUUUUUUCUUUCCUUCACAUCUAUUCAAAAAAUAUUAUAUUAAAUACGCAUAACAUUCGUGUUGGCGGAGGACAUCGGGGUGCCUUUCGACAUUUUGGAUCUUUCAUUAGUUUUGUAGUAUAUCUCAGUCAAAUAUUU